AUGUCAAAAUUCGAUCGCACUUGUGACAGCGUUGAGGAAUGGAGUUUCUUAAAUUACCACAAAGACACAUUAAAGAAGCCAGAACCAAAGUGGCAUUUCGACAAAGACGAGCUUAAUGCCAUCGCAAUGAUUUAUUUCAAAUUACAACGUGAUGCUGGAUGUGAAAUAAAACAGGAAUUGCCAAGUAAAUCAUUCGAUACUGUGCUGCAUAAAGCUUUUGGAAUGGCAGAUAAUGCUCUAAUUCAGCGAAUGUUUGGUGCACUUCAAAUUACAAGUUCAACAUCACUAAAGAAAUGGAUAGGAGCUAUGUCCUUAUUUCUACGUGGCACACUAGACGAACAAAUUGAAUAUUGCUUUAAAAUCUACGACUUGACAGGCAAGCGAGUUAUACGACGUGAACAAAUGAUUCAUUUGAUGAGAAAAUUUGUGUACAAGCAUCAGGAAGAGGACGUGGAAGAAGCUGUCAAGGAUUUAGUCGAUAUUGUUAUCAAGAAAUUGGAUGCAGAUCGUGACGGAAUCGUGUCUUAUGAAAACUUUAAGUUGAGUAUACAUAAACGACCGAUGCUACUUGAAUGCUUUGGACAGUGCUUGCCUGAUAAAAUGCAUGUCUAUGCAUUUUUAACGACAUUUACGGAUAAAAUAAAGUUUGAUUAA